AUGAAGACUUUCGUCCCAGCUCUGGCCGUCCUAGGCGCCUUCUGCGAUCUCGCUUCGGCGCACUACCGCUUCACGAGCCUCGUCGUCGGCGGCCGCAACACGGGCGAAUACGUCCACGUCCGGAAGAACACGAACCAUAACAGCCCCGUCACCGACGUCCUGAGCAGGGAUAUCGUCUGUAACGCCGGCGGCCUCUCGUCGGGCCCCGGAACGCAGAUCGCCACCGUCGCCGCCGGAUCGACUGUCGGCUUCGCAAUGGACCAGGCCAUCUACCACGACGGGCCCGUGAUCGCCUGGCUCUCGCCCGCCAGGUCUGGCAACGUCACGACCUACGACGGCAGCGGUCGGUGGGCCAAGAUCUGGGAGCUUGGCGCGUUAGUCGGCAAUGGGCAGAUUAGUUUCCCCGCCUCGAACAAGGCCGCCUUCAACUUCCAGAUCCCUUCGUGCACCCCCCCCGGAGAGUACCUUCUCAGGAUUGAGCAGAUCGGACUGCACUCAGCCAGCGCCAAGGGCGGAGCCCAGUUCUACAUCUCAUGCGCGCAGAUCAGGGUGACGGGCUCCGGAAACGGGCAGCUCUCCCCUACCGUCAGUUUUCCUGGGGCAUAUACCGGGAGUGAGCCUGGCAUCUUGAUCAACAUCUACUACCCUGUGCCAACGACAUACACCAUUCCAGGAGGGCCCGUCGCGCGCUGCUAA